AUGCCGGCCGUUGAACCCCACGUCGCGUCUUCAGAGUCCGGUCUUGUCAAGAUGGAAGACCGGAAGAGGCCCGCUGCCGACAGCAGCGACACGGGCCCACCCUUAAAGAAGCAAGCAACUACCGUUAAUGGUGGCACUAAGGCCCACCCCGAUGCCGAUAUGCCUUGGAAAGAUGACCUGGAGCGAUUUCAAAAGGAAGCGAUUUUGCGUCAGAUGCAAGAGUACAAGCGGGAGAAGUCGUCUCUUGAAGCACGCUUGAGUCAGAUGUCAAAAGCCGCUACAUUUCACAAUGAUCAUCUGCGUGUAAUCGAUGCCUGGUUCAGACAGUUGAUUGACGAAAUGAAAUUACUACUCGGGUCGCCACCAGCAGAAUCCCAAGGUCCGUACAUAACCACACUCCUGGUCUACGGUGCCAAGACUGACUUGUCGCCAGAACACCAAUUCAAAAGCGCCUUGCAGUUCGAAGAUGUCGAAGAGUUUGAAGCGCACUUGAAAUCGCGUUCGGAGGAUAUUCGCACAAUAAUAUCCCGGCUUCAGUCAAAGUCCAAUGAUGCGCCCCCGGAGGUGUCAGAGAUACAAAGCCACCUCGCCAAGAAGCUGGCGGAAGAAAAAGUGACAAUCGCCGAACUGGAAAAAGCUCUAGCGGAAAAGCAACAGUUAGAGGAAAGCCUCGAGGAAGCCUCGUUGCGGUACUUGGUGGCCGAGAAGAAGCUUGACCGUGCAAAGAGUCUUACGGUUGCGAAGUUGGAGAAACAACAGUGCAUGGGUAUCCAACGACCGGGAGAAACAUCCCAAUCAGAGCGAAAAGCCUCCUCGCCCGCAAAUGGUGGAACCCCGGCCGGAGACCGUAAUCCGGAGUUGGAAGAAGCCAAUAAAAUGCUUACAGCAAUGUCCGAGAAACAGAAGGAGCAGCUCCAAAAGCUGGAGGCGGAGAAUGCCAGCCUGCUCAGCCAAAUCACCGAAAUCAAAGUCAAGUCUUCAAAGUUCACCGACGAUGAUUACGCCCACACGGAUCUGUUCAAAACCCUUCGAUCUCGACAUGACGAUGUAGUUAAACGCGUCAACCAUUUGGAAGCUAUGAAUGUUCAACUUCGCGAGGAGGCCGAGAAAUACCGCGCGGAAAGAACGUCAUAUAAGAUCCAGGUGGAGGAUGAAACACACGGUGAGGUCGCGGAAAAGGAAUCCCAGCUGAUGAGGGCUGAAGCGGACCUUGCUCGGAUACGAAAUGCCCGUGACGAACUUCUGGCCGACCAACAAAUGAGGAAGGCAGCACAAGACCAGAAAAAGACCGCCAGUGUGAAAUUGCAAGAAUUGGCAGACGCCAGAGAGGCUCGGAUCGCCGCCUUAGAGUCGGAAACUCAAAGACUACGCCUGCAGAUCGAGGGAUCUAAGUCGGGCGAUAAUGUUAACGAUAUGCCAUUGGAGGAGCUGCGCGCCAAGUACACCAGCUUGGAAAGUCAGCAUUCAAUGCUCAACACCGAAUUGACAUCCAUGCAAACGGCCUAUACGAAGGUUGCCCCCCUCGCGACGCAGAAGGUUGCCGAAUUCGCAGCGAUGGAGGAGAAGGUGGCGCGAUUAACGGCGGAAAAGUCCAAAGCAGACCAGAAAUUCUUUGCUGCAAUGAAAAGCAAGGAUGCCCGAGACGCGGAAGUUCGCAGCCUCAGAAUGCAAAACUCCACGACAUCCGGGAUUGUGUCUCAACUGAAGGAGGCUGAGAAAGCCUCUCGUUCAUUGGUUUCUAACAUGGACAAACAAGCCAGCGAGACCAAGGAAGCACUGAAUGCGACCAUGGCCAAGUAUCGCGCUGUUCAGCAGCAGUUGAAUGAGAGCAACAUUCUCACGGAAGGGUUGAAAAACCAAGUGACCGAGCUGAAAGGGCUCGCAGUUUCUAAGGAUUCGACGCUGGCAAGCACCACUGCUGCUCUACGACAAGCCGAAACAGAGCUGGCUGGCCUGAAACAGUCGCUUGCGGAUACAAAGAAAAGUUUGGACAAUUGGAAGAACAAAAGUCUUGGCAAUUCGUCCUCGGAGUAUGAGAUGUUACGGACGCUCGCCCUGUGCACCGUAUGUCGUAACAAUUUCAAGAACACGGUGAUCAAAACAUGCGGCCAUGUGUUCUGCAGAGAUUGUGUCGAAGAGCGUGUUCAGUCUCGCUCUCGGAAGUGCCCUAACUGCGGCAAAUCCUUCGGCAACAAUGACCACAUGCACAUUACCCUCUGA